GGGGAGGGGGGCAAGGACAAACAAAACUGGACCCGGAGGAGGAUGACGGCGAGCUUCAGCCACGGCGAAGACAAACUGUGCAAGAAGAAUCUCUUCUCUUUUCCCCGGAGGAUGACUUUUGCCAUUUUCUGUACCGUUUCGUAGCACUAUCAUGUAAAACUCCGCCAUAUUCAGCCCACCACGCCCGGAGCUCGGCCACCAGGGGUAGAGAGUCGCUACUUCAGUCCGCUCAAGUUGUUGCACAAAGUUAAUUUCCUCUUCACAACAGAGGGUCAAGGUGAAGUGUUAUCCAGGGGUAAUGAUUCUGAGCUCCGUGGGAGCCUGCUGCCUCAGCCCGGAGGCCAAAGAAGCUCGCAGGAUCAACGAUGAGAUCGAGAGGCAGCUCCGCCGGGACAAGAAGGACGCCCGACGGGAAUUCAAGCUCCUCUUGCUCGGAACUGGUGAAAGUGGGAAGAGCACUUUCAUCAAGCAGAUGAGGAUCAUCCAUGGCCGCGGAUACUCUGAGGAGGACAAGAGAGGUUUCACCAGGCUGGUCUACCAGAACAUCUUCACAGCCAUGCAGGCCAUGAUCCAGGCCAUGAACACAUUACAAAUCCCCUACAAGUAUGAACACAACAAGGCCAACGCCAGUAUUGUCAUGGGGGUGGACGUGGAGAUGGUGACAACUUUAACAAACCCAUAUGUGGAUGCCAUCAAGAGCCUAUGGAGUGACCCAGGGAUUCAGGAAUGUUACAAUCGGAAGAGGGAAUACCAGCUCUCAGACUCAACCAAAUACUAUCUGAAUGACUUGGACCGAAUUGUUGACACUGCUUAUUUGCCAACACAGCAGGAUGUCCUGAGGGUCAGGGUGCCAACAACAGGUAUUAUAGAGUACCCCUUUGACCUGGAGAAUGUGGUGUUCAGGAUGGUGGAUGUGGGUGGCCAGCGUUCGGAGAGGAGGAAGUGGAUUCACUGUUUCGAAAAUGUGACUUCCAUCAUGUUCCUGGUGGCGCUCAGCGAGUACGACCAGGUCCUUGUUGAGUCCGCCAAUGAGAAUCGAAUGGAGGAAAGCAUGGCCUUGUUCCGGACGAUCAUAACCUACAAGUGGUUCAGAGACUCCUCAGUCAUCUUGUUCCUCAACAAGAUUGAUUUACUGGAGGAGAAAAUCAUGUAUUCGCAUUUGGUCGACUACUUCCCUGAAUACGAUGGCCCCCAGCGGGAUGUCAAAGCAGGAAAGGAAUUCAUCUUAGAUAUGUUUGUCAGUCUCAACCCAAACGAGAAAAAAAUCAUCUACUCCCACUUCACCUGUGCCACAGACACAGACAACAUACGAUUUGUCUUCCGUGCGGUGAAGGACCACAUCUUGCAGGAAAACCUUGAAGUCUACAACUUGGUUUAAAAUGGUGGGGUUCCCAUCAUAAUUCAUUCGGCUUUGUACAGCUGGCAGUCAGGAGAGCUCUGCAGUGAUUCAAUUUGCCUCACACUGCUACUGAACACUAUAAUCCAAAACAGGAAAUUGAGAAGCUAUAGAGCUUGUCGCCAAAUGACUGUACGACUGAUGUAUUUCAAAUUUGCCUGUUAGGCUCUUUGAAAAUGGAUGUCUCCGGCUAUAAUGAAGUGUGUCCUGACAAUUAAAGCGCCUCCUUAGUGAGGAGUCUAUUAUAGCAUGCACUCUGAAAUUUAUGGAGCUCUUUGUGAACAUUGUUGAGCAGUAACAGUAUAGAUGCACAUUGGUGGACUGAGAGGGAAAAAAGUAUUUCAGUGGCCUCAAAAGCCUUUGAGGACUGGUAAUGUUUUAGGUCUCUCCUUCAGGGAAUCUGUGGAAGUGGAUUUAGACAAACAUUAAGUCAAGGUGGUCGUAGCAUAUUUUUUUAAGUUAAAAACAGUUUGAAAUACUCUAAAUGCUUAGUUCGUAUCGUGACUUAAUGGAAAAUUAGUAAAAAGUUAACACUAAUGACAAUUAUUUUAUUACAGAUAUUGAUUUGCACACUGCUCCUUUUGUAGCAUUGGUUGUAGCAUUAGCUAAAGUUCUGUAUGUGUGUACCUCACUUAGUUGGGCAAGAUCAUUUACACAGACUUGUUUCAAAUUGAAUUUGUACAUUUUCAAUUUGUCUGUGAUGGAAAUGUUCAGUGUUAAACCACUUUUUUUGAGCGCAGCAUUAGUAUAUGCUUCUUUGUAAUUUAACACACUUCAGAGAGACAUUCGAAUUCCAUUUUUUUAAGUCUUUAAUCAAAGCUGUAGAAUAAAUUGUUCAUUCAGUUCAGGGACUAUUUGUUUGGAUUUUUUUAGUAGUUUUCUUGCCUUAGAAUAAGUUGCUAAAAUGGGUUUAGAUCUUGCUCCAUUGUUUAUCUGGAUGCAUUGUGUAAAUAUCGCAGUGUACGGUAUUUUCCUAGUUUUUUUUUUCUUUCACCUUUGUUUGCUUCAAGGUCAGUGCUGAAAUGCUAAUUGCUGCGGAGAGAACUGUUAUGUUAAAUAAUCUCUGAGGCAUUAAACUAGAGCAUUCUCGAUAUUAAUUCAUAUGCUGUUCAAGGUAUCAAAUGCACAAAUAAAAGGCUUAUGAGAGCGUAUCCACGGCACUAAUGUUUACACGACCCUUUUCUUCUUGUUAAAAAUAAUUACAAUCUAAUAUGUACGGUUUAAUUUAUGGUUCUAUUCCUCUGUCACUGCGAUAUCUUAACGCAGUCUUAUUGUUUUUUAAUCUGAUUGGAUAA